AUCCAUUUUGAUCUAAUGCUGCUCAAGCAAUGAUAUUCAGUCGACUCCAGAUAAGUGCAUUUUCUAUACCUGCAAACUCUGUGUUAAGUAGAUUACAGUGUUUUGUCAGCCCCAUUUCAAUCGCAUGUCUUUAUAAUUGCUCUUGAUAAUGGCAUUCUCUGGUUUAGUCCCAAGCAUACACUAAUAAUAACACUAUUACUCAAACUUUCCUAACGUAGUUAUCUAUUUCCAUUAUAAUUGGUCUGUAACUUGUAUUAAAACCCCCCACCCACAUUGUGGCGCUGUGUUGUGUUUAUGGGCUCUCCACCCGCUUCUAAAAACAGAAAAAUAAAAUACGGAAAUAAAACGAAGUGUGUUUGUCACCAUCGUUCUUUCUUCAACUCUCAGUCGACUGAAACAUGUCUAAACUACAGUCGUUUCGUGUGUUUUUAAAUGAGCGUUUAACGGCGGUUGCUGUGGAUAUUUUGGGUGCAGUUGAGCAAACGGUAGCAGAGUACCACGAGGAGAAUGAUCGGCUACGGAGACUGCUGCGGAUCACACCGGAAAUACAACUAUGUAGGAUAGACUCCCUGCAGCUCUCUUUCACUGUCUCUGAAGAGGAGGUUCUCCGUGAGCAGCAGCACUGUGAGCAGGAGUGGAGCCCUAGUCUGGGGCAGGAGAACCCAGAGCUUCCACAGAUUAAAGAGGAACAGGAGGACCUCAGGACCAGUCAGGAGGAAGAGCAGCUUCAAGGGCUGGAGGCUGAUAUCAAAUUUACUCAUUCCUGUGUGAAAAGUGAAUGUGAUCAGGAGGACCCACUUCAGUCCUUGACUCUACCCCAAACCCAGACUGUGCAGAACAGAGAGAGUGACCCCAAACAACUGGAUCUCACACCUUUUGUUACUGUGACCCACCUUAAGGGUCUCUACAUUCCCUGUGACCCUCCAGAUAAUCAGAACAAUCCCUCCAGCCAAAGCUCAGCCGUAAGUAGCGACCCAGUGGCACUUGACUGCAGCCCACCAUUGGAUCUCAGCCCACCAUUGGAUCUCAGCCCACCAUUGGAUCCCAGCCCACCAUUGGAUCCAAGUCCAUCAGUGGUGGAACACUGUUUCAAACCCAGCACCACGUCUCGAAAAACUCACCGCUGCCAUGACUGUGGUGAAUUGUUUGCUCUGAAAGCUGACCUGCAGAGGCAUGUGACUCUCUACAAGAAGAGACUCAGUGAAUGCAGCUUCUGCAGAAUACGCUACAACUCCACCUGUAAACUUAAGGCCCAUAUCCGCCUCUGUCACAGUGGGAAACCCAACACCUGCCCUGUUUGUGGCAAGACUGUCAAACUCAAAGUGGAGCUGUCCAAGCACAUGAAGAUUCACACAGGGGAGAAAUUUUAUUGUGGUGGCGACUGUGGGAAGAGCUUUAAUCGCAAGUGGGCCCUAGCCACGCAUAUACAGAUUCACACAGGAGAAAAAACAUUUAACUGUGCUGACUGCGGGAAAAGCUUCAAUUUGAAGGGGAAACUUAGGAAGCAUAUACAUACUCACACAUGAGAGAAAUCAUUUAGCUGUGGAGACUGUGGGAAAAGCUUCAGCCAGAAGGGGACCCUAACGGCGCAUAUACGGACUCACACAGGCGAGCUGUGAUGUGUGUGGUGAAAGCUUCACUCGAAAGUCUAACUUACUGAUCCAUGUGAAAAACAUCCACAAUCAUGAAAACUGAAAGAAAACAUAAAAUUUGGACAAAGAACUAUUUAGUCAUAAGAUGAGAAUAAAAAGGCAGGAUGGGGACAAUACUCUGAGUACACGCUCAUAGACUCACAUCUAUUGGUUGUUGGAGGACGAUACGAUGAUACCUCUCCUAGGGAUCUGCUCUCCAUGCUUCAGGAUUAAAGUUCCUCUGGUCUCUGAUCUAUUCUAUUGGUAACCUGCUGUUUCUCUCCACAGUGCUCUCUGCUACUCUCUGGUCUACAUGGAGGGCCGAGCUACUUUACAUCUGUCUGGAAGGAAAGAUACAGGUCACAGAAUGAGGUUUCUAGUCUCAACACUCUCCAAGGCUUUAGAGGAAAAUACAAACUUUUCAGGUCAUGUGACAAGUGCCUUCUUCUCUGACAGUGGCACUGCUAAUUAACUCAGUGAUGACACUUCUUCUUUCUCCCCCUAGAUGGCACUGUUUGAGAUAUGAUCCCCAUCACACCAUCUCUGUUGUAUGUAAAACUUGUUAGUCAUUUGAAAUCAUUCUUCACAGACCUAUGACGUUAUAAUGUUAAAUGAAUCAACACUGUUACCCAUUAAUACUACACAUUGAAACAGACACACUGUAUUACAGCCAAACGGGACCAUGCUUAACUGAACCAGACAUGACUGACCUUUCCUGGACUGACCGUAAGGGGAUGUCAUAUAUGGUGUGUAUUGUGGGGUCAAAGGUGACUGUAAAUCAGGAUUAGGUUCUUAACGUCUGAGUGGUAUACUACGAAGCAAGCUAAAUCAACUCA